AGUCUGUUGUUCAGUGUAUCAACAUCGCAGUUCUCACGUCGAUUUCGAUGGAAAUUAUUCAGAAAUUUGUGAAGUGUUAAGUCUCAGCCAAACUCUUCCAAAGUGGAUUAUAUUAGAAAUUGAGCUUACUAAGAAAACCAGUGUGUUGUCGAGAGAAACAUUGCUAAAGACAGAAACGAUACCAAAUGGUUGUGCUGGAAGGUGGAGGAAUGAUUACCAUCGGUAAUAAUCAAUACCUUCAGCCAGAUUAUCUAUCACCACUUCCAACAACGUUGGACGCAAAGAAGAGCCCCUUGGCGAUGCUCGCCCAGACAUGCAGUCAGAUCGGGGCAGACUCCAGCAACGUCAAGUCCCUGAUCAGUGUGGAUAAAAGCAAGAACAAGACCGAGUCCGCUGUGGCCAAGUCCCCGUCGGCUGCCGCGAAGCCGGAGACAAAGCAAUCGACAGCGCAAGAAGUGAAAUUAGCUUUUAAGCCAUACGAGGCGAAUGUGUUAACAAAGAAGAGUGCCGAGGAGCGCCCCUCCUCCAAAGCCAGUAGUGUCAAUGAUGGUUCAAGUGCUAACGCGAGUGCCCGUGCCCCGUCGCGUGAAAAGACCGAUUCACCCAUCAAUGUGCACUCCAACGUGGAGGUGAAUGGGAAGGCCACCCCUGGUCAGGAGUGCAAGAGCACAUCGCCGGCGGGCUCUUCGCAGCGCGGCCAGAGUCCCAUUAUCAGGUCCGGAAUGGAAGUAUUGCAGGGCCACCCAAAGGACCUGCCUCUGGGCUCGGCCUACAAACCCGGCUACGGAAUCAAUCCGCUGACUGGAGGACUGUGCUGUCCACCAGGACUGGAGCAGCAUGCCAAUCCGGCGUUCAGGCCACCCUUUGCCGGGGCCUUUUCUCAUCAUCACGCCGCUAUGCUCGCCGCGGCUGCUGGAUAUCCUCCCACCUCCACAGCCCCCGGGCCGUACGUCAGCUACGCUCGCGUAAAGACUCCGACUGGAGGCGAGGCUCUGGUGCCAGUGUGCAAGGAUCCGUACUGCACCGGCUGCCAGUACUCGGCACACAACCAACAGAUGCUCAUGGGCGCGCCCUGCCCGGCAGGUUGUACUCAGUGCGAGCACCAGAAGUACGGCCUCGCCAUGGCCGCCAUGCAGUCCAGCCUGCCGCCGGGUCAUCCUUAUGCGCAGCUCGGUAGACCCUACAUAUGCAACUGGAUCGCAGGGGAAACCUACUGCGGGAAGCGGUUCUCCUCGUCUGAGGAACUGCUGCAACACCUCCGCACACACACCGCUAGCUUGGCAGAUCCGGCCGCGGCCGCAGCUGCCCUGGCCCAGUCCCAGUCCGCCCUGCUCAGCCCCCUGGGGCCGCUCUUCUCACCGUCAGCCCUGCACCGAGCCUACCCCACGCCGCCGCUCAGCCCACUGUCCGCCGGCCGCUACCACCCCUACAGCAAGCCCGGCGCUCUGUCAUCCUAUCCGCCCUUCAACCCAGCUCUGGGCCCUUACUACUCACCCUAUGCGCUCUAUGGCCAACGCCUGGGCGCCGCGGCGGUGCAUCCAUAAACCCAGCGUCCUUCUCUCCAAGAAAAUAUGUUUCUCUGCUGUGAUAAAUGAUUCAAGACGGGGUGAGACGGACUUUUUGUGUUAUCUCAGGACAUAAUUUCUCAACAACCAUUAUUCGCGCGAUCCUUUUUUGUCCAUACGGCGAUUCUCGUGAUCGCCGGAAUUUCUCUUCAAAGCCGAGGAAGACGAAGAAUAAUUGAAUACUGUGUGUAAAUAAUAUAUGGAAGU